AUCAAUGUCCUAAAGAGUGAAGACUUGUACAAAUAUUAAAUGUGUAAUAAAAAUAAGUUUUAUAAUCGUGAUAUAACCUUAACCACUGAGAAACCACUAGACACCAUUUGGAUUUAAACUUUAGAGAAUUUUCAUUCAGCCUUCAUCGUUAUAAAAGCCUCAUUAGUCGGCCAAAAAUCUAAAACAUUUGUUUUUUGCUCUUGGAUGGUUAGACUACUAAAUACCAGCAUGGUCUGGGUGCCAAGUAUGUUGCUUCUAGUGGCCACAUUGAAUGUGGGAGGGGGAUACACACAGGAACUUACCCAAAAGGAGCUACAGUUCGUUGAUGACCUUAUAAGGGAAUUAAUGAAGUGCAAUGACAUUGUAGGAAUGCCCCUAACGCUGGUAAGAGGAGGGAAGACUGUCUUGGCGAAGGGCUAUGGAUUGGCUGAGGAUUAUUCCGAUGAUAAGCGAGAUGUCCCCGUCACAAACAAAACCAUAUUUCCAAUGGCUUCUGUUUCUAAACACUUCACUGGAACAAUCAUAUCGCAUCUGAUUCAAAAUACAAACAUAACAUGGGACUCGCCUGUAAGUGACAUAAUGCGGAGCCUUGGGGAAGAAUUCCACUUUUAUGACCCCUGGCUAACCAAAGAGGUGUCAUUGAGAGAUGUUAUCGCUCACAAAACAGGUAUUCCUGGACACCCAACACUUAUGGCUGCUGACGUCUUCAGUAGAGAAGAAAUCAUACCGCGGUUGAGAUUCCUCAGGCCUACAAAACCACUGCGUCUUCAAUGGAACUAUAAUAAUCCACUUUACGCUUUGCUGGGUAUCAUACCUCAGAAGAUGACUGGCAAAACAUGGGAGGAACUUGUCAAGCAAGAACUGUACGAUAAAUUAGAUAUGAAUGACAGUUCAUUUCUUGACUGGGGCCCCAGAACGAAUUGGACGGACUGGGCCCGUUGGCAUAUCACCGUUAGUGGUCAAUCAUUGUCUGGCCCCCUUGAUUUGACUUCAUUCAGUGGUAUGGGCAGAGCUCUUGGUCCUGGUGCUGGAGUUGCAUUGACGGCAGAGGAUGCCGGGAAAUGGUUGUCUUUCCAGUUGACCCACGGGAAGGACGCCAAUGGUCGUCAAGUCGUCAGUGAAGAUGUCAUUAACAAAAUGAGGGAGGCCUCGAUUGUAUUUACUCGUCAUCCUAAUCCGAGAAACACGUUACCAGUUGCCCCCUAUAGCCACGGCACUGAUCGAUAUGGACAGGGUAUAUUCAUUGGAUGGCACAGAGGAUUGCCUCUAUACCAGCACUCUGGUGGGAUGGGUGGCUAUUCAUCGCAUAUGGCAAUGUUACCCACAGCCAACAUUGGGGUAUCCAUGGCGAGGAACUCAUUGGGUGAUCCAUUCGGUUUCCUGCGUGCCUCUCAAGCCCUGUUCGAUAUGUUAUUAGGUGAGACGCCACUAUACAACUCUAGUACUAUAUGUAACCCCAACAACCUUGGACAUGAAAGACCUGGAGACGUAAAAGAUGAGGACCUGGGAUUCACCAGACUCAUUCCAUCCCUGCUCAGAGAGGCUGUACCAGAUAUCAAGAAAGAACUUCAUAAAAGCCCAAAUACAAUGACUCCAAAAGCGUUUGCAUUGAAAACACUGCUUGAGAAAAUCGGGAAACAAUCAGGACUGCAAUUUGAGUACCCAAGAGUACCCAAGCAAAGACACAGAACCAGGCGUGACAUUUCAGCCUAUCUCGGAAUAUAUGGAAAUUUCGCAUAUGGAAACGUCACUAUUCUGUUUGACCCAGAAGUGCCAGACAACUCAAGUUUAAUAUUACGAUAUGGUAUCUUGAACUUCGAGCUAUUCCCAGGGAAUAAAACAGACCACUUUGAACUCGAUGUAUUAUGGUUUAUACCACAGACUGUCCGGUUUUGGAGUUCUAAGGGAAACAGUGUAAUUGAUCGUAUGGAAGCACAAUUAGAUCCAACAGAUGAUCGGUAUAUUUACGAAAAGGGAUUGAAGCUUUCUGAUGUCCCGCCACCUAACACAGGUGAAUGGCCCACUGCUCCACCAUCUGUUUCUACAACGCCAUCUCCAACGAGUGGAGUGAACAAACUGAAGAUCCAUCACACGUGGAUAUUGUUUCUGGUCUGUAUGACUAGAGGACUAAUCAUCAAUAUGCAUUAUGAAAGGACGUGAAAGUGUAAUAGUAGGACCAUUCGGGAUUACUGGCAUUCUAAAUUGAUUGUACAGGGACUUGAUAGAAUUUUUUCUUAAACUUUCCUUCUCAAUCCGCCGAAUAAAGGCAAUGAAAACGAAAAUUAGUCCCCCGUUUCGCGUUCACGUUCUUCAAAAUUCAUAUAUCGGUGUUUAUAUACAACCAACUUAUCACUGUCGUCGUCACUAUAGCCCUUUUUAACAUUUCCACUAAAGGAGAAAAUAAUAAAAUCUCAAAUAAUUUUAUAAAAAUGCUUCAAUUUAUUUUGCAGCUGUGUAUAAGAUAUACCCACAUUAAACUAAUUGAGCAUACCUAUCCUUUAAAAACUAAAGUAUUUUGAAAAAUAUUUCUUGAUCAUUUUAACUAUCACAGACACCUGCACCAAAAACUGCAUUUAAAAGAGGGGCAAAAUAUCAAACAUGACCCUGUAUUGUGGUAUGUAUAAACCAUGAAUACUGACUGUUAGGUGAAAUAAUGGCCGAGGGCCGUAAGCCCGAUGCCAGUAUUUCUCCUAACAGACAGUACUAUUCAACUCUUCCGUUUGGUUUCAUUUAUUGCCUAUUCAACUAUUGAUAGUCUUUUGUGCCACAAUGGUUUUUGAUAGCUUGCCAAGUGUC